GAUGGGGGACCAGCGAAGGCUGGGUUGACGGUAGGAGGGGCAAAUCUAUAGCCUUAUAUCUUGCACGACCAACUCAGUGACCCUCAUUUAAUUUCCAUCCCAUCCCGGGGGCCGGUGUCCAUCGACAUCCACACUGCCGGCCAUAGAUAGCAGCUGUCAGCUGACCGCGUGAGUUGCCUAGUGAUCGCUGCCGAUGGCACACGUCCUGGGGGAGAAUGCACCACCAAAGCAGUGGAUGCACCGGCGUGAUCACAGGAAAAGCCAGGCCCAGCUGGGCACCCGGGGGGGGGAGAAGAGCUGCAGGGGUGUGAAGAAGCUGGGCAGGGAGAAGAAGUCACUGCGAAGGUACAGAAGCUGGAAGAAGGGGGUCCAGGAUGUCCUCACACACUCAUCUACACUCGUUGAGCUUCCUCAGACCAACCCCCACUGCGAUCUGCAGUUUUCACGGGCAACUGAGGAAGACUUUGAGGAGAUCCUGAGCAUCAGCAAGGAUAUCUACGAAGGUCUGGACUAUCUACCAUCGCGCUAUGGCGCCUGGCUGCAGGAUCCCCACCGCAUGGUCAUCCUGGCCAGGAAGCAGGGCAAAGUGAUCGCUCUGCAGUCGGUGUGCGUCAUCGACGACGGCCAGACGGCACUGGUGGAAGGCCUGCGGGUGGCACCUCAGGAAAGGGGGAAAGGUGUGGCCAGGGUCCUGCUCAAGUUUUGCUCCCAGAUGGUGAAGUCCAGGUAUCCCGGCGUGAAGGUGAGCCGGCUGACACGCGAUGACCCGCUGGGGCCCAGGGACCUGCAGAAGUACCAGCUAAUCGCCAAACAGGGAAUACUUUUGUUUGAGUUCCAGGCUGAGAAGCUGAGGCAGCGACUCGCUGAUCUGGGGUCAGAGCUGGGGACCGUGCAGAUGGGUCGUCCAGUGAGACUUGGACCUGAGGAACUGCAGCGGUUGCUCCUGAAUGAGGAUGUUGCCCGGGACAUCCUGCCUAGUGGCACCAUCGUGCAGGACUGGCAGCCCUUCAGGCUGUUGCCUGGAAACGUACAGAUGCUGCUGCAGCGGGAGGUGGACUGGAUGGCAGAUGACAUGCUCAGGCCCACUGUGCUAAGCUUGUGCUCAGCUCCGUUCCUCGUGCCCCUCAGCCUCGGCUGCCACUGUCUCACCAUUGACAUCUUCGGUAGGGCGCAAGAACCAGUGCAACAGCAGGUUCUGGCUCACCUAGAACACUCCACCCACAGCCUGAUUGGCCGUGUUGUAUGCCAGAUGUUUCUGGCUCCACCUCUCUGGGAGCUGCUGGCCAACUUCUGCUGUGGCACCCUGGGGGCAGAGCUGGUAAAGGGCUACUCCGAACAGUAUGUAGUACAGGCUGACCUGGUGUAGUCAUGGAUACUGCUUUUCUCACUGCCCCACCUGGAUGUCUCACAAAUACCCCUCUAAUAUACAUCCAACUGACAUCAGGCCAUACGGGGGACCUUCUAAAAUUCCCAAAUGUUUUUUUAAAGUCAGUCUGAAGAUUCAGUGCCCUGGAUUUGAAUCGUUUUACCUAUUGAAAACCUGUCACAAAAGCAUGACGCUUCAUAAGAGUACCAUUCCUAAGUAAAAGGGGAGCUGGUGCUUUUCCACUGGCAUGCAGGAAACAGGCCAAACCUGUACUAUGAAGAAACUCUAAUUACGGCCCAGUUGCAGUGCAGUUCCAGCUCAUUUUGAUUUUCCACUGCAGAAGGAUGUCACCAGUUGAUGUAACCAGCUCAGUUUAGUCGCUCUUUUGGCCUACUAGUAAGCAUAGGUAUCCAUCAUGAGAUUGUACCAAACUUGUUUUCCCAGUGAAAGUAGCCAUAUUCGUAGUUGGCUCUCUUCUUGCUGCAACCAUGAUUCUAGUUGGUCAUUUUCUAUGUUUUUGUUUAAAAAUGCAGCACACAUAAACUGAUCUUGGUAACCCUUUACUGAAAGCCAUGAUUUUAGCAACUCAUAAAUACAUUCAUAACAAAUAAUAAUGCGUUCAUAAAGCAUUAUAAACAUAGCUAUAUAUCUUUAUGACAAGACAUACAUUAUGGCCAUGUUCAUUAUGCAUUAUGAAUGGUUUAUGAAGCUCUUGUAUAUAAUGCAAUAUAAAUACCUUUAUAAUGCAUUAUAAUGAUCGAUAUAAGCAUUAAGGAUGCUUUGUGCUGCAUUAUAAAGGUCUCUAUAGUACAUAAUAGAGGAGAGCUUCAUAAGGCAGCCAUAAUGCAUAAUAAACAUGCAUAUAAUGUAUCAUGCAUUUUUAAAAAUAUCUAUACCCAUGUUGAUAAUUCUUUUUGAAUGCAUUAUAGUGUAUUAUGAAUGGUUGUAUAAAUUACUAAAAACGUGGCCUUUAGUAAAGUGUUACCUUAUCUCUUAUUCUGUAAUCUUGCUAAUGACUUUACGAAAGAGGGCUGGCUUGCAGGAGAAGAAAUUUCAAAGAAUGUAUAGGUGACCGUGACCCUAAGCCAAACAGUAAUGAAACAAAACCAAACUCUAUUCCCCUGGAGGUUUGGGUUCAUAAGUGUCUCCCAGCUUUCUUAUCAUCGCCCCUUCUUCCCAGACUAGGCCUUACUGAGCUUCCACUCCCUGCCGAUGUCUUGCCUGCUCCGUGAGGAGCUUGCACUGACUAAAUGAUGACAUCAUGGGCCUGAUGGGUCGAAUGACCUCCUCUCGUCUGUAUAUUUCUUAUGUUCUUAUGUUCAUUGCGACUGGCAAGUUAAAAAUAAAAUAAACAUGGCGUGUGUGUAAUUA